AUGGGGGCUGGGUUUUCUGGUUUGGCAACUGAGAAAAAUAUUGUAACUCAUCCUUCCAACCCGAAUCUUGGUGACUUACCAGAGAGCUGUAUUGCUUUGAUUCUCUCUUGUUUGGAAACUUCAGAUAUCUGUAAAUUGGCACGUUUGAAUAAAACAUUCCACCAGGCUUCAUUUGCUGAUGUUGUUUGGGAAUCAAAGUUACCUGAAAAUCAUCAAAUUCUUGUGAAAAAGCUGUUCAGUGAAGAGGAAUCUUCGGAGAGUUUAUCCAAGAAAGAGAUUUUCUCCAGAUUGUGUCGUCCCAUUCGCUUUUCCGGUGACACCAAGGAAGUUUGGUUGGAAAAGGGUAGAGGAGGAAUAUGUGUUGCUAUUUCUUGGAAGGGAUUAAAAAUUACCGGAAUAGAUGAUCGGAGAUACUGGACUCGUAUCUCCACAGAUGAAUCCAGAUUUCACACAAUUGCUUAUCUUCAGCAAAUGUGGUGGCUAGAAGUGGAAGGCAACCUAGAAUUCGAGUUUCCGGCUGGUUAUUACAGCCUGUUUUUUCGAUUGCAGAUAGGGAAAGCCUCGAAAAGAGUUGGCCGGCGAAUCAUCGGUGAUUUAGAACAAGUCCAUGGCUGGAACAUUAAGCCUGUCAAGUUCAAAUUAGAACCAUCAAAUGGCCAGCAUACAACUUCAAAUUGUUAUUUGAAUGAGGCUGCAGGGAAAUGGAUGCACUAUCAUGUAGGAGAUUUUGUUGUUGACAAUUCUUACACCCCAACAAAACUCAAGUUCUCAAUGGCUCAAAUUGAUUGCACACACACAAAGGCUGGACUUUGCUUGGACUCUGUGUUCAUAUUCCCAAGUGAAUCCAAGAAGCAGUUGAAAGAAUUUUAA